CCAUUUGCAUAACCUAUACUACCUCAAUCGAUUCAAUGAUCACAUGAGAAUUUCUUAUUUUAAAGUAAAAUACAACUUAAUAAAAUGAAAAGCUUUAUUUAAUGAACUAGGAUAACUGGAAAUUUAAUAUUUUGUUGACAAGUGAGAUAUAUAUUAAUUUAACAGAUUAUAUAUCGCUAUGUGAUUAUGUAUGAGUAAUGGAGAUGAUACCACUGGAUUCUUUCACGUUGGAUUCAGAGUCAGACAAUGUAAUCAAAACUGCGUAGCUAAAUCGAAAACAACGGCCUACAUACUAGCAUAUUGUGACUAAACCAAUUUAUUGUUGUAUUGUUUUAUUAUGUAGUUGCACUUUCUUUAUUUCACUUUACGUAUACCAAGUGCAGUGCAGAUAAUGCGGCUAAAUAUAAGGCGGUAUGUCACUCGCACAGCUAACAGUGACGCUACAGCUGAACCGAACCGCACAAUGAUUCGCGGAAUCACGUAGGAUUUGUAUUAAAACAUUGUUAAUUCAGUGCUUUGUUGUGUGUACGUGACAACUGUGUUGCAAUUUCACAGAAUAAGAAAACGGAAUCUAGAUUUCAACUUGAAGGAACUGAAACAAUUCAAGAACAAAUUAUUCUACAAUUUUCUUCAAAGUGUGAUAAAACAUGCAGGCUUCAAAUCGCGCGAUUGGGUGCAUUGGGAAAUGUACAAUUGGCUUGAGAGCUGAGGAAUUGGAUCAGAUUACAGAUAAUAUAAGUACAACCCUAUCUCAUCCAAAGGGCAGGAAAAUUUUUCAAAGAUACCUAGAAAGACAAAAUCUUCAAAGCUGCUUAGAGUGUUUGGAGUUGUAUACAAUCUGCUCACAGUUUCUUGCUGAAGAGCGACAUCAGUCGAGAUCGGGAAAGUCUGAUAUAGUGUCUCUAACUAAUAACGUGAUAAUAGUGCAGGAACUUGCUGAAGAUAUAUCUGGUGUUCCACAAAUAGAUAAGGCACUCAUGGAGCGGUUCAAUAAAGCUUUGGAGGAAGGAACGAGACAGGCAUUGCUUGCUGUGCUGGAAGAUACCCGAGAUCAGUUGCAAAAUUUUUUGAGGCGCGUGCAUGAAGCUUUCAAAAACUAUGCUUCACAACCAUGUCCGCUGACAAAGUAACAUUAUAUAAAAUAAUGUUACACGUGACGUAAAUAACGAUCAGUCUGAUCGGUCAUUUUAUUUUUAUACAUUUACUUUAUAUAUCUUCUUGAUAUUUGUAAUACUACAAUCUGUGAUGUGUGUGUAUAUUUUUAUUUUCAUGUAUAAUUUAUGUUCGUUCACAUGCGAUUUGCAUGAUAUUUAUUAUGCAUAAGUGUACUUAAUAUCCAAAGAUACAAUAAGAAUGUGUAAGAGUCAUCACAAAAUAAAAUAGAAAUUACAAUGGCUCAACAGGGUUGUACAGGAUGUAACAAGGGUGCACCAAUCCAAGAUAUUUAAAUCUUUGAGUUAUUUAAGACUGUAUUUCACUGUAGUAAAAUACACAGAAAUUAAUAAAAGACUGUCGUCAGA